AAAGCCUUGCAAACAAAACUUAUCUGUUCCUCCCACUGCAGUAUGUUGUUAGUCAGUCUCUGGCUCUGCAUCUUUCGCUGUGCUGUUUGCUUGAUUCGCUUCUCGAUGUCGAACGAAAAGCCAUUCAUCCAUCGUUCGUUCGUGUGGUGGAUUACUACAUCGAUUCAAUAAAGACGAUCGUGCAAACCGCCGAGACUUUCAGUAGGGUGAAUGCAUCUGACGCGAUCGGUUCGGAUUUUCGAUUCAGUUCUCUGUUACGGUUCAAUUUUACACGGUUCGGUGUCCCGGGAGGAAUAUCAACCAGUUUUCGUUGCCAUUCGCGAGUGUCCCUGCCAAAAGGCGGAUGUCUGCGUGUGUGAGGCUGCACUAGAGUGGUUAUUGUGAACGGAUUACGGCGAAAAAAAAAACAACCAAAUGCCAUCCAGUGCUGUGCGAAUGAAUUGCCCAAAUGAAAGUGCAAACGAAAGCAAAUGUUUUCUCUAGUGCUGGUUCCUAUGUUUGAUAUACAAGUUUAUGGACAUAAACAUAUUAAAGCAUUCCAGUUGCAAAUAAACUAAAAACUUGGAAACACUCAGCAAAAGUGUAAAGCUAUAAUUCAGUUUUAAUUAGGAACUACAUACUUACAUACUUUGCAUCUAGUCAAGGAUAAGAAUUAAGGAUAAAAUCAAAAAGACUAGCAUUUCGCAAUGGGUUCUGAAAGAAAAUAUACCUUCAACUUCAAUACAUCCUCGACGGUGAUCCAAAAGAUUUUCUUCUUGGUGGCUUUGUUCCUAACAUUGCAGAUGGUGAAUGGCGAAAAUGUUGACCACUUUGGUUCAAGCGGUGGUCUUCAAAUCCACGACCACAAGCACUGCAAGCAUCAACACCCCAAAGCACAUGAGGUGAUACAUGGUGUAAAACUGGAGCCGCUGCAUGUUAUACGGAAACGAAGUCUGGAUCAACCGCUUCGAAUAUUACUAGUGUAUGAUGAGUCAGUCUAUCGGUUGGACACCGAUAAAUUUGCUCUCAUUAAUGACACAAUUCUUCCAGAAGCGGUACGCUUCUGGGAGCAAGCGUUGAUGGUGCGCCAAACAAAAGAGAUCAUAAGAUUGAAUCGUAAGUGUGAAAGCAGUCAGGUUUUCGUGAAAAAUUCACUAACCUACUGUAUAGAUUCCUGCAAACCAGUGACACUUUGCGGAGAAGUCCAAGUGCCCGAGGAUCAUUUAGAUGUCUGCCGCGUUUGUAAUUCAACCGGUCAGGAUUGUCGGGAGGAUAGCAACACUGUCGCAGGUGUCGGUAUAUCGAAUGCAGAUUUCGUAUUCUAUGUAUCUGCGCGGCAGUCGGAAAGGUGUCACAAAGGUUUAACUGUAGCUUAUGCUGCUCAUUGUCAACAAGAAGCGGCGCUAGAUCGACCCAUCGCAGGGCAUGCAAAUCUUUGUCCAGAAAGCAUUAGCACUAAACCUCAGGAACUGCAAACACUUCUGUCUACGGUCAAACACGAAAUUUUACACGCUCUGGGAUUUUCCGUGAGUUUGUAUGCAUUUUUCAGAGAUGACGAUGGGAAUCCACGAACUCAACGCAAGCCGGACACCGGGAAACCUUAUUUGAAUGAAAAGCUACAGAUCCAUCAGUGGAGCGAACAGACGAUCAAAAAAGUUGUACGCGACCAUUGGGCAGUGCGAGGCGGUUACAUCAAUAGGACUAUAGACAUGAUGGUAACCCCCAGAGUAGCUAAAGAGGUACGAGAGCAUUUCAACUGCCAGAAACUGGAAGGAGCCGAACUUGAAGAUCAAGGUGGAGAAGGUACAGCCCUGACGCACUGGGAAAAACGAGUACUUGAAAAUGAAGCUAUGACUGGGACACAUACGCAGAGCUCUGCUUUUUCCCGAAUCACAUUGGCGUUGAUGGAGGAUUCGGGUUGGUAUAAAGCCAACUAUAGUAUGGCCUCACCCCUCACCUGGGGUCGUGGGUUGGGUUGUAACUUCGCUAUGAGGAGCUGUAAGGAUUGGAUUAACACCAACAACAUAAGAGGCCGUUCCAUUCAUCCAUUUUGCGCAAAAGUAAAGCGAGAUCCUCUUCAAACCGAGUGCACUGAUGACCGUAGUUCAGUGGCCUUGUGCAAUUUGAUACGACACGAGAGUCCUCUACCUAGACAAUAUCAAAACUUUGAUUUGCUUGCGCAUGUUCCUGCAGGCCAGGAGGCAUUUUAUGGGGGUUCGGUAUCACUUGCGGACCACUGCCCAUACAUUCAGGAAUUCACAUGGCGGAGCAGAAACGUUGUUGUCCGCGGAUCCCAGUGUCAAUUUGAAGAUAAUAAUCCAAAGCCAGAGAAAAACUUUGCCUUAGAAUCAUACGGACAUGAUUCGAAAUGCUUUGACCACAGCGAACAUAUGUGGGAAGAACGAUCCUGCCGCCAGACUCGCGAAUGGCAGCACUGGGGAUCUGGAUGUUAUCGUUACAAAUGCGAAAAAGGUCGUCUACAUAUCAUAAUUGCAAAUUACUCCUACGAAUGCUUCUAUGCUGGACAAGAAUUGAGCGUUCGACUUAUAGCAGGUGGUUGGUUGCACAAGGGGGCAGUAAUGUGCCCUUCAUGCAAGGAGAUGUGCAGUAACGAAUUUGAACUACGUGGUGAGCGAUGUACCAGCGAAGAAGUGCCUCCUACCAGUUACUAUCCGAAGCAUGAGCUGAAAUGCAGUGUUGGUAGUAUUAUACGUUCGACAAAUAUAUUUAAUAUUUCCAUUUCACUGCUAGUCAUUGGAGUUUCCAUUUUGUUCCGGUUAGAAAGUUAACUACUCAUCAUUCCAGGCUAAAAAAUGAACCGUGCUAUGUAUUUUUAUUUUAUAAUUUAUAUCAGUCUAACAUCAUGUGAUAAUAUUCAUCUGUGUUUUUUUAUCUUUUAAAUGCACAAAAGAUGCUUUUAUUUAGUUGUAAGCUUUAUGAAUGAACCAAUGUAAAUAUUUUCUAUACUGUAAAUAUCCUUCGCAAGUUUUUUUAUGAACACAGUUCUGUACAUAGUUAGGUACAACAAAGACAGCAAGCGUUACUAGUAAAGACAGAUGGAUCUCAUUCUGUAUAGAAUUACAUCAUAUUAAAAAAAAGUCCUAUUCAAAAUAACCCGAACAAAAAGUAGUAUGUAAGUAGCAAAUUUUCAAAUAAUAUCAACAGCGAUGACUUCAUACGUGAAUGAAUAUUACCGCGAAGUCUUCCCUGAUUUGGUGCCGUUAUAGUUCGAAUGUGAGACAAGGGUGAUAUAGAAUGUGAAAGUUAAACUGCCAAAGUUUUGUUGAUCGAACGAUGUAAAUAAUGCAUAAGAAAAAAAAUAUACAGAUUUCCGAAAAGAU